CUAUUCGCAGAGUUCAACGAAAAGGUGUUCGAUGCCGAGCUUCCGUCGGACUUUGAAGUGACGUGGAACAAGAAGCUGCUGACCACGGCGGGCCUGACACAUUACAAACGUUCAACGAAAUCUGGUGAGACAACGUACAGCGCGCGCAUCGAACUAUCCAACAAGGUGCUGGACACAGUUGAAAAACUCGAAUCCACGUUGCUCCACGAGAUGUGUCACGCCUCCGCUUGGCUCGUCGACAAGACCGCGAAACCACCUCACGGGCCGGUGUUUAAGAAGUGGGCUAGUCAAGCGAUGAAAGUUUAUCCCGAGACGAACGUCAGUACGUGCCACGCGUACACGAUCCAUCAGCCGUACAAAUGGCGUUGCACCAGAGACUGGUGUCAACAAGAGUACGGCCGUCACAGCAAGUCAAUCGAUAUCACGAAAAAGGCGUGUGGUGCGUGCGGGGGGAAGUUGGAGUACCUUGGCAAGUUCAAGAAGAAUGGGGACGAAGUAGCCGCUCGAGCACCGACGGCUUUUUCGUUGUUCGUGAAGGAGCACUUCAAAUCCACCAAGAACGCUCUCGGCGCUUCGACUCCGCACAAAGACGUCAUGAAACAUUUAUCACAGCGAUGG